GCAGUGUAACAGAGCGGAUCUUUAGUUCUGGGUUUGAAUAUUAUCAUUAAUAAUGAGUAUUAAUUUCAGUCAGUGUAAUUCAGUGUUAAUCACUGGAGGGAACAGAGGACUGGGACUCCAAAUCAUCAAACAUCUAGUGAGCAUCACUGACAGACCCAAAAAAAUCAUCUCAACCGCCCGAAACCCUGCAGCAGCUCAGGAGCUGCAGAAACUCGCUCAGUCUCAUUCUGAGGUUUAUAUUUUACCUUUAGACGUCGUUAACGAGGCGGGAAUCGAAGCUGCUGUAAAGGAAGUGGCGUCCAUCGUGGGUCCGGCGGGGCUGACCUGUCUCAUCAACAAUGCAGGAAUGGCCAUUCAUGAUGACAUAAACACUGUGACGCGUGACAACAUGCUAACCACGUUCCAGUGUAACGCGGUCGCUCCGCUCUUCAUCACUAAGGCGUUCUUGCCGCUGUUGCGAGCGGCUGCAGCAUCAGUCGGUGGUGGCAGCAAGAUGGGGGUGCACCGAUCCGCCGUCAUCAACAUGUCCUCAAUCGCUGGCUCCAUCCAGGAGAACAGCGGAAAAGGAGAGUUUACCAAAUUUAAAGUCUGCUCUUACCGAGUGUCCAAGGCGGCUCUGAACAUGGCGACGAGGUGUUUAGCAAUCGAGCUGAAGUCGGACGGGAUUCUGUGUGUGACCCUUCAUCCCGGCUGGGUGCGCACCGAUAUGGGAGGAGAGGAGGCACACUUGAGUCCGGAGGAGAGCAUCUCGUCCCUGCUGGCCGUCAUCUCCAAAAUGAGUGAGAAGGAUCACGGGGAAUUUUUGGAUUAUAAAGGGAAUCGGGUCGCCUGGUGAAUUUGAAGUUCGGCUGUCUGAUGAACGUCAUCGAGUUAUGUUACGAUUAUUCAUUUAUCCUGGAGAUUCGGGGAUAUCUGUGUGGUGGGUUUAAUAGCUUAGAUAGUCUAAUCAUGGUUUAAAAUCAGUCUAAAUGAACGUAUACAUGUUAAUCAUUACACCGUCGUUAUUUAGCUUUUGAUACCACUAAAGAAAAGCAAGAUUUGGCACAGAAGUCAUAUCAUUGUUUACAGUGUGGGAGUUUUACUCAGCAGCUUAAUCUCCAGCGGCACCAGCGCAUUCACACAGCAUAAAAGACCUAUUAAUGUUUACAGUGUGGGAAGAGUUUUACUUUUUCAAGUUCAUUCAAAAGACAACUGUGUUAAGGUGCAGCUAUUUACUACUGACAUGGACAUGGUGAGAUGUAAAGAUGUGUCUCUCUAAACAAAGAUCAGAAUCGUCAAGACUGAAAUGUUUAUCAUGUUACAAGAUUAUUAUUAUUAUUAUUAUUAUUAUUAUUGGUGCUGGUUAUUUUAAUGAUUUUUGCCUAACAAAUUAGAAAAUAUUAUUCUAAUCUGAUCAUCUUUCUGUAAACUCAUCAUUUUAUUCUGUAACAAUAGAACUGUUUAUGUGUUCGUGUAACAGAAAUAAAAGCAGCAGCGUUUUAAUAAAGAUAUGAAAUAAGAAUUUA